AUGCGUCGCUAUGAGGCCGAGCUUAUUCGCCGAAUGCACUGGAUGUGCCGUGACAAAACCAUCUAUCAGAAUUUGGUGGGAUAUCCAGACAUUGCAACCUGCGAAAAUGGUGAAAUCUGCAAAGGUGGCAAUUGUGAUAUUUUGCCUGCGCUGAUAUUGCUGACCAUUAUGGUAUCAGUGGGUACUGAGAUCCACUCUCCCAGUCUCAGAGGCAAAAAGGACGGUACCGGUACCGUACCUACUGGUAACCGUUGGCGCAAGGACCGUGCCGAGCCAGCGCUCGCACGACCAUCAUUGUAG